AUGGAAGCAUUUUCAUUAGAAACUAGAAUUAGAGAGGUUGUUUACGAAUUGUCAUAACCAACAAUGAUGAGAUGUAUAAUUAAUUAUUUUAUAUGAAUAUAGUAUCUGAUUGUUUAAGACAAAUAGAUUAAUAGUAACUGAAUAUAGAUUAUUUGAAAUAAUAAAUAAGAUAAUAAAAUGAUAAUCAAUAAAAUCAUUAGAUUGAAGCUAAUAGAAGAUAUGCAGAAAUUGAAGCUCUUUAAAAAUAAGAAAAAAAAUUAGAGCUAGAUAUUAUGAAGAAUUUGACAUAAAAUUAAUAAACAUCAACUCAUUUGAAAUCAAAAAUUGAAUCUUUAGAAAAGGAAUUGGAACAAUAAAAGAAUAAUUUUUAAUUUUAGAUAAAUUCAUAAAUUAAAACAUAAUCUGAUUUAGAUUAAUUAGCUAAGAAAUAAGCAGAAAACACAGAAACAUUUAAUAAAAAAAUAGAUGAAUUUUUUAAAGAUUAUUAUACAAUUUUCGUGGAUAGUAGAAAUCAGGUGAGCAAGAUUUCAAAAGAGUAGCAGUAACUUUAAAAAGAUGUUUAAAAUUAGAAUUAGCAAUUGGAAUAAUUAGGAAUUUUUAAAGAUAUAGCAGAUUAGUAAUGUUAGAGUUUGUCUUAGAGAGUUGAAUGGAUUAUAAAUGAAAUGAAUCAUUUAGUAAAUUAAGAUUAUUUUAAAUUUACAUUUGAUAAAGUAUUAUAAUGGAUGUAUAUAUAGAGGAAGAAAAGUCUAGAAUUGAAGAUAAUCAAUUUUUGAAGGGAGCUGUGUAAUAAUUGUAGAGUUAAGUGCAAGUAUAUAAUAUGUCAUUUGAUGAAAGAGUUAAAGGUUUGGAAAUGUUUGAGAUUUAAUAUCGUUAGUAGUUGAAUUCUUUUUAAUAAUAAUUAAAUAGUUAGACUGAAAAUUAUUAGAAAUUCUAUAAAGAAACAACAUAAUAAUUUUAACAUUAGAACUAUGCAUUAAAUAUGAUUGAAGAAUUUUAGAAGAAUAUAUAAGAAAAGAUAUAAUUGAUUGUGAAUAGUUAGAUAGCAGUGUUUUAAACAAAUGUUGGUAGCUAAUUAAAGAAAAUGAUAGAUCAAUUUAAUACUUUGAAAACCACUAUAGUAAAAGAUAUGGCUUAGGAAUUUAAUUAUAAAUUGGAAGAUAUUCGUUAAUAAUUGUUAAAUGAAUCCUUAAAGUAGUAAAGCAUUAAAUUAGCAGCUUUUGAUUAAUAAAUUAAGGAUUUAUAAAAUAAGUAAUAUUAGAAAGAUGUUGAAGUUUAGGUUAUAUUGUCUGAUAAUUCAUUAAGUCAACAAGAAUAAUUAUAAAAUUAUAUAAUAGAAUAAAUAGAUUUGAAAAUUACGAAUAGUUCAUUUAAAGGGUAAAAGAUGACAAGGAGAAAUAGUAUUGGUUAAAAUACAAAAGGAGGAUUUAAUUUAAUUUAGGUUAGUUUGGUCGAUAAUUAGAGAUCAUUAGUUUAAAAUGAAUAAUUGAAUGAAUAAUUAGAAGAUAUGAAAACAGAUAUUUAGAUGUUGUUUGAAAUGAGAGAAGAGAUGGAAUAAAAGUUUAAAGUAUUUGAAGCUGACUUUUCAGUUGCUAUAUAGAAUUUUGAUAGAAAUCAUUCACAUGUAUUAAAAUUGAAAUCUGAUGUAUUUAAUGAUACAGAAUACUUGAAUAAUCAAAUAAAGAUAUUAUUUAGAGAGAAGGAAUUAAUGAAUAGAAAGCUUUCACUAAUUUUAUAAUUGUUGUCUGGAGGUUCAGAAAUGAUAUAAAUAACAGUAGCAUAUUUAUUAAGAUAAUUGAAGGACCCUAUAAAAUUUACAUCAGAUUUAGGAAUGGUAUUUGAAUUCAGAAAUGAGAUAUGUAGUUAUAGAUAAUCAAAUUAUUAGGUAGAAGACCUUUUAAAAAAAUCAUUUUAAAGUUUGAUAGAUUUGUGGGAUAAAAGUGAAUUAUUAGAAGUAAGAGAAUAUAAUCCACAUUGGUAUUUUAAUAAAUACAUAUAUAAAAAUCAUAUAGGUUUAUCAAAGACAUUAGAUAGGUCUUAAGAGAAACCAAUAAAAUGUACAACAUAAACAAUAGUGGAUGGAGAAGAAUAUAUAAAGAAAUCUGGAAGAUAAAGGAAUACUUCUUAAAAAUAAUCAAUUAUGAUGAGUAUAGAUUCAGCAAGAUAGAGAAAAAUAACAGUUAGAUCUGUAUACAAAUAAUAAGAAAGAGAUGAUUCUAAUGAAUUUUUUCCAAAAGUAAAAAAGUGAAC